AUGCGCUCCGACGUCUGCCGGUUUGUCCACCGAGAAUGCACCAUUUUCUGCGUUCAUUCCCCCGCUGUGUCCUCGGCAACAAGCACUACCUGCCUCCCGGAGCCGGAACGACGAGCCGAAACUUGCUUGCCACCGGGGGCUGGACGAUCGGUGAAGACGAUCACCCCCGCCGCCGUAUGUGACAUAAGUCAGGUACUUGGUGAGGCACCUCCACCAAUGCCAAAGCAGGUCCUAUUUGAUAAUUGGCAGUUGACAUGGACUCCCGCCACAGAAGACACCUCUGUCAAUUACACUGUUAUGUACCGCAGCUUUGACUCUGAUUCAUGGAAUGACGUCCCAAACUGCAAGCAGAUGUAUGCUUCUUCCUGUAAUGUAACUUCAACGAAAACUGGGGCAGAGCAUGACUGUGUCAUGCUAGGUGUGCGAGCAGAGAGGCAUGGUCUGACUUCAAAGCUCGCCAUAGCCUGUAGCAGACAAAGUAACUCCUGUACCCCCAAAGUUGGCUUGAGUGUGCGCCCUGGUGCAUUGACUCUUCAUCUAAGUAGAAACAGUGCGAUUACUCAAGAAGGUCCUUUCAUAAAACACAAGAUUUAUUUUGGAAAAGAGGGAGAACUCUUAGAGGCAUAUGAAGAUGCUGUGUCCUCAGUCUCCAUUGACAAUUUGAAAGAGGGAGAGCACUACUGUGCAAGCGUGCAGUACACUUACUUCGAUAAACCUGUCGGACUGGCCAGCUGCCCCCAGUGUGAAGUCAUCCCUCAGUCAAGUCCACCCACAAAGCAAACGGAGAUAACUGUGGCCGUUGUGAUUGUGCUCGCUAUUCUAACACUACUCAUUGUGUAUGUCCUGCUCUAUCAGAGGAAGAGAAUCAAAGGGUGGCUGCAAACGCCAUACAAGAUACCAGUCCCUGUAUUAUUUGAAGGACGUGAACCGUCUCUAAUUCCAAUCUCCAGCAAAAGCCCGACUGAGGAUAUCUGUGAUAUUACAAGGAUGGAGUUACGAGGAUCGUGA